AAAGUAAGUCCUCUACCCUUUACUCUUGCAAUUUACUUACCUUAUUAUGUCUUUGGUCGGUCCAUGACAUUAGGUUGGUCGAGUCUUGGUCUAUAAACAAUGGGAAGGUCCGACAUUCGAUUCAUGCCUGCACCAAAGGUUGAACUCAAAUCAUGGUGGGAUCGUCUUGGCAAUGAUGGUCAAAGCUAUGUGGAAAGUAGACUUGGUCGCCUUGUUCCCCUCCUUGACAUCGAUGUCCAAAGCGGCGUCAUGCAAGCACUUGCUCAUUUCUGGUGCCCCCAAACAUCAACAUUCAUAUUUGGUGAUAACGGAUCCUCCACGUUCGCCUAUCAUUACACGAUCAAGAGCAAAAAUGGCCGACCAAACCGAAAUGCAUGAUCGUAUGACCGCCAUGGAAAACCAACUCCAGCAGUUGCUCACCUCUAUGCAACUUAUGACAAAUCAAAUGCAAUCCCUCCAAGUGAAUCAGACUCUUGCGCCCACUCUCCCCAAGAUAGUAGUCCCAAAGCAGACGGACAAGGCCCAUAUGGGUGAUGAUGACAUGCCUGAGCUGGAAGAUGACCCAUUGUUCGUCACAGCCGAAAAGGCUAAGCCCGACAAUGUCCCUAAGGCGGAGCAAGAUGAACGCUUCACCAAACUUGAAGAGAAACUGAAACAAUUGCAAGAGUCGCGGAAUUCACUCCCGUUCGACUUGUCGGUUUAUGAGAAAGUCAAAAUGCCGAAGAAGUUUAAGAUGCCGGAGUUCGAGAAAUACGAUGGUACUUCCUGCCCAAAGGCUCAUUUGCAGAUGUACCACAUACGCAUGGCCCAAUACGUCAAGAACGAGCCGCUCAUGAUCCAAUCGUUUCAUGCAAACUUGACUAGGCCCGCACUCAACUGCUCAAAUCACUCCUGCGCCUACAAACAAGGAGUUGAUGAAGUUGUUCGUCAAGACUCUCCCAUCGAAAUGGGGCUAAGGGAUGGAUGGUUCAAUGAACCGACUCAUCAAGGCAAAAGGUUCACCAUGAAGAAAGACAAAGAACCGACCACUGAAAUCAAUGUUGCAUAUGCGCAACCAACCCCUAAUAAGCCUAAGAUGGUUCGUGUCCCUGGGAAUCAGCAAGAUGGAGGCCGAGUGCCUGCACCGCGGCAAUUCACCAAAAGGCAAUUCUCUCCUCUUCCUGGCCCUCUAUCUCAGCACAAGAUCCAAAAUUUGUUGGAUACUAAGGCAUUUUCUUUCCAUACCACCCAACCGAAUGUCAAGAAGAAUCCGUUGCCGGAACAUCAGGGAAACGUGAAUGCAAUCUUUGAGUUCAAUGCUGGCAAAAAGAUGAACUUGAAGGUGUCUGUCAAGCGGAUUAGUUAG